AUGGGUGGCUUUCGCGCUGUGGAGGAUCGGCCUACGCCGAAGGAGGUGUAUAACUGGCGUCUCUACACCGAAGCCGCUGUCAUCGCUACUGGAUCACUGCUGUUCGGCUAUGACUCUGCUUUUGUCGGCACCACCAUUGCUCGUGAUAGCUUCAAGCGCGACUUUAAGAUCAGCCCGGACGACUCGGCGGAUAUUUCUAGCAACAUUACCGCUACCUUUCAAGCUGGUGCUUUCUUUGGUGCCAUUAUUUGCUUCCUGGUCACCGAAAAGGUCGGUCGCAAGUGGGCGUUGCAGUCCAAUGUUGUCGUCUUCCUCAUCGGCGCCAUCCUCAUGACGGCUGCCUCUCAUCAGCUCUCUUUUAUCUAUGCUGGUCGUGCUCUUACCGGAAUCGCCUGUGGUGCCAUCACCGCCACCGUCCCGAGUUACAUCGCCGAGCUCUCCAUCGUCUCAAUCCGCGGCAUCCUGACGGGUCUCUUCGAAGUCGCAUACCAGAUUGGUUCUCUCGUCGGUUUCUGGAUCAACUAUGGUAUCAACCAGAAUAUGGAUCCUACCAGCGCUACCAGCUGGCGUGUCCCAAUGGCUGUGCAGAUUAUUCCCGCGGGUAUCCUCUUGGUUGGCGGUUUCUUCCUCCAUGAGAGUCCGCUGUGGUUGAUGCGCAAGAACCGUGAGGAGGAGGCUACUCAGGCGCUCGAGAGUCUGCGAAAGCUUUCGCGGGAUCACAAGUAUCUGCAGGAGGAUCUCGACAUGAUCCGAAGCCGUCUGGCUGAUGAAGCCGUCAUCGCUAGCAAGUAUGGCUCGGGUCCUUGGGCCUUCUUCCGUGGUGCUCUCUUUGAGCUGUCUCGCAAGGGCAUGUGGAACCGUGUUCUCCUCGUCUUCUGCUCCUUUGCUCUGCAGAACAUGUCUGGCGCUGCCGCCAUCAACUACUACUCUCCCACCCUCUUUGGUUCCCUCGGUAUUAGCGAUGUGGCUCUCUACACUGGUAUCUACGGCCUCGUCAAGGCUGUUGCUUCCAUCAUCUUCUACGGUGCCCUCAUCGACAUGUGGGGACGACGCAAUCCCACAAUCAUCUCAUCCGCCAUGUGCUCUACCUGCCUGUGGAUCGUGGGUGCGUACGUCAAGAUUGGCCAUCCCGCUAGUAUCAUUGCCGAAGGAAAGGAGCUUUCUCCCUCUACGGCUGCUGGUGGCAAGGCCGCUACGGCCAUGAUUAUGAUUUACUCUGUCUUCUGGUCCUUUGGUCUCAACGGUAUCCCCUGGAUCGUCUCUGCCGAGAUCUUCCCUGGCGCCCUACGAAACUUGACCGGAACCUGGGCUGCCUGCAUCCAAUGGGUCACCCAAUUCGCUAUCACCAAGGCCCUCCCCUACAUCUUCAAGUCCUUUGGCUACGGAACCUGGUUCUUCUUUGCCUGCUGGAUGAUCAUCGCCGCCAUCUGGGCCUUCUUCUUCCUCCCCGAGACUAAGGGUAAGACCCUCGAGGAGAUGGAUGUCAUGUUUGGCUACGUUCACGAUCGGGCGCCUAGCGAGCACGACGAUUUCGUCAAGACGGCUUCAAAGGGAUCUGCGAUUGAGCACUCUGAGGAGAGAGUCUAA